AGCCGCUCAUCUGCGCGGCGGGCCGGCUGCCGGCGGUGGGAGGCAGGCUGCGGGCAGCGGCGGGCGCACGCACGCACGGACGGAGGGAGCCGGCCCGCCGGGGCUCCGCUGCCCGCCGCGGCCGGGCGGGCGCAGAUGGGCGGCGGCGGGGCGGCGGCGGCGGCAGCAGCAGCGGGAGCGGAGCGGCGGAGCGGCCGCUGCUGAGCGCACCCGCGCAGCGCGCCGCGCCAUGCGGAGCACGCCGCUGGCCGAGGGCGAGCCCUGGCCGCGCCUCUGCGCCGCCGAGCUCGGUGGGCUGCGGCGGCUGCGGCGCAAGCCCGGCUGCAAAAGUUUCCGCGUGGAGCUGAAAGUGCUGAGCGGGAGGCGGCCGGGGCUGCGCGCUGCCCCCCCGCCGCCCCCCCGCGCCCCGCCGCCCGCCUGGGGGCCGCGCAGCGCCGCGCUCGGCCCCGCCGCCGCCGCCAGCGCCUUCCCCGCCGCCCCGCCGCCGCCGCCGCCCGCCGCCUCCCCGCGCCCGCGGCCGGGCGAGGCGGCCGGCGUCUCGCCGGAGAUCAAAGCCCUGCAGCAGACGCGGCGGCUGCUGGCCAACGCCCGGGAGAGGACCCGCGUCCACACCAUCAGCGCCGCCUUCGAGGCGCUGCGGAAGCAGGUUCCCUGCUAUUCUUAUGGUCAAAAGUUGUCCAAACUGGCCAUCUUGAGAAUAGCCUGUAACUAUAUCCUUUCCCUGGCCAGACUAGCAGACCUGGAUUACAGCGCUGACCACAGUAACAUGAGCUUCUCUGAAUGCGUGGAGCAGUGCACUAGGACCUUACAAGCAGAAGGAAGAUCUAAAAAAAGGAAGGUAUUAGCAACCAGGAAGGGAGGAUUCAGAAGAGCUUCCAGCCAGAAUUGCAUCUGUUCUUGGCAAAGGCUGCACGAUCCAGAUGAAGACUGCAAGCAGCUUUUCUACAGAAACCCCUUUUUGAGAUGAUGAUUGGCCAAGGACCUUUCUUAAUCUCUGGAACAGAAAGGAAAAAAAGGAAAAGAAAAGAAAGAAAAAAAAAAAGGACAGGGAUGCUUCUUAUUGUUGUUAAGCCAGCCACCUUUUAGUACGUGCAAUUUAUUUAGCACUUUUCCCUUUGCUUAACUGGGAAAUGUUACCCUCUCAGCUCAUGUGUACAGUAAUUUUUUGUUGUUGUUGUUGUUGCUGUUGUGCCAAAGAUUUGAUGGAGCUUCUACACUGUGUCUUAUUUUUGCCUUAAUGUUAAAUCUUUGAGCCAAAGAAAAGUCAGAGGUGCCAUUCAGAUGGUGGUGAGCAGGCCAGCCAGCUGUCAGUGACAAAUCCGAAUUUCUGAACCCUUCUGUGAGUCGCCUCUUAUUUCUCCUGCCCACACUUCUCUGCCUGCAGCCCUGGAGCCAACGUUCAGUAUGGGCAAGAGCUGGGACAACACCGAGUCGUGCUUCAGCAUUCAGGUUUGCUUCUUUCUUUGAGCGACUCUGUAUUUCUGCCUUUUGGGCAAUUUCCUGAUGUUCCUUCCUGUGCGACACAUCCACAGGGUAGAAAUACUGACACAAAGUGAGAGCUGAAACAGGAGCUAUGAAUUUUAUUUUUUUUAAUAAAUAAUUAAAAUUAAAUAAGCAAAAGCUAAGUGCCAUGUAAAGCAAAAAAAAAAAAAAUUAAUAGAAAGUUCAGCUAGGCAGAAUGAAAUGCAGCAAAAAAAUUCAGUGGGGGUUUCAGGUUUGUGAAGUCGGUUUUUUCCCUGGGGUUUUCCAAGUGGUCAGAAACCCAUGUAAUGCAAAAGCAUUUGAAUCCUAUACUGUACCUUUCACUUCAAAUUGAAGUAAAAAAAAAAGAAAAGAUUGAGAAACAUUUGCUUGGAGUAAGCAGACGUUAUAGGUAAUGCAGUUCAUAUGCAAGACAUCUGCUAAUGAUGGGAGGACAGAGCUCUGUUCAAGUAAAAAAAAAAUAUGGGUUUCCAAACCAAGGAGAUUGAACAUAUUUUGUUUCCCGCUCAAGGGGAAAGGUUAUUUGUGAGGCCAGAUUUGCAUGCUGGCUACUUCAGCAUAAAUCAGGUUCCCGGGUGUCUGACUUACUUCAGUCUAAAUCUGGCUGGGCAUUGCCAGGCGCUGGGGAGGGCGAGGGGCUGGGGCGGGCGAGCAUCAGCAGGCAGGGGAAGGGAAUCAUCUCUGUUCUGCUGACAUGGAUGCAAAACCUGAACUCCUCGGUGCCUGCUUGUUUAUUUCCCAAGCUGAGCAACUGGCAGAUCAACACCAAGCAGGGGAACCAGUGUGCAGAACCUGAGGUCACCAAAGCAGGGUCUGUGACUGGGGGCACCAGGCUGCAUGGUGAGGGUCUGCUCACUGCCAAAUCCCCUGGCCCAGGAGAGGAUGGGCAAGCUCCCAGCGGGGAUGCUCAAGACGUCUUCUACUUGAUUUCUGGGACACACAGGGGCUGGCUGUGUCCAAGCUCCCUCCCAGGAGCUCAUUCUACUGCUCACCCUCCACCCUCACUGCCGGUCAUUAUUAGCAGCCCAAUAAAAUACAUUUUUAGAUUGUCA